AGCCUGCUUCAGAUUCUGUGUCUUCCUCUGUGCCCACCUCCUCCACCUGUGCUCUUGCUCUCUCUCAAAAAUAAAUAGACUUAAAAACAUAGUUUUAAGUCAUUUGUGCAUGCUGGUAAGAGGGUAGACUUUAUCCUUAAUUAUUGUUUCUGCAAUUUCUUAGUAUUUUUUAUCCCAGAAAAAGAACUUUGUUGUGGCUCUAGUCACAGAGGAGCAGAUUUGGAUCUUGAAAAUUAUGCGUUGCACCUACCUAUAUGCUUGCUGUGACUUGGUUCUGUCUACCUAAAUAUUUGAAGCCACAAAAUUUCCCUGUAUCUCUUAUGCCACCUACUUUGGUUUCAUAAUAGGCACCCCUUACAUAACUUUUAGUGUUCCCCAAGGAAUUAUUCUACAAAAUAGUUUCCAAUGUAUCAGGACUCUACUUUUCUCCUGGUAUGCAUAUGAUCAAAUUGAAUAAGUACUAAUUCCUAGUGCACAGUAUAAAUAAUCCAUCCUUUAAGGUACUUUGUACUCUGCUAAAAUUAAGAUUAAAACAUAAUGUAUAUAUUUUGCACUAAGCCAGAAGCAAUCUAUAUUUAAAGAUUUGUGUUUUGUGCGCUGUUCCAAGAGGGUCUGAUAAUCCCUGUGAUUAGAGAAACAUAAGAUUUAUGUUUGCUGUGGAGAAACAUGAUCAUCUUGGUUACUAUGAAUCAUUCUGGAAACAUCCCAUCUCUGUUUCCCAAUUACUCAGGUCAUUAGAUCAAAUUUAGUUCAGUUCAACAAACAUGAAGCACCUUUUAAUGUCUCAAAAAGUCUACAGUGAUACAGGGAACACAAGCAUAUAAACAAUUACAAUGCAAUGUGGUAAGUACAGUGAUAGAAGAUUUGAAGAGGGAAUGAUUACCUUUGGAGUUGGAUGGGCUUCAAGAAGGCCUUAUAGAAGAAGUAGUGUUUGAGCUGGGUCGUGAAGGAUGAUAGAGUUAACCAGGACUCUAUGAGAGGAUGGCCCUGGAGAAAGAAAAACUGUGCAAAGGCCCUGCAAAUAGUUCAUUACCGCCGAUUAGUGUGAGGCACUGUGAUGAGAGAAGUGCAGGACAGGGAAGUAUGAGCCAGAUCAUUGAGGGUCAUGGGAUACUGUGCUAAUGAACAUGAAACCUGUGCCUGAUGAGGAGCCAGUGCAGGGUUUUAAGCAGAGGAGUGUCAUGAUCUUUCCGAAACACAAGUCUGAUCAUUUUAUGAACAUGCUGAGAAUGUAUGGGAAGAAGCAAAGGGUGGAAAGUGCUGGAGAUGUCAUUUAUCAUAUCAUGAAGACAAAAAAGAAUCCACCACACUUGGCCAUAAGAGAAGAAGAAGAAAAAGAAGAAGAAGAAGAAGAAGAAGAAGAAGAAGAAGAAGAAGAAUAUGGACUCUGCUGUUAGCUAGAUCUGAAUUCCAGCCCCAGCCCCACCUUUGCCACCUAGUAGUUGAGAGGCCGGUGCAAGUUACUUCGUUUCCCCUCAGAAGAAUACCUACCCAUGAGGGUGUUGCAGGAAGCAAAUGGUAUAAUACUUAUAAAUCACUUAGUACAAUUUCUGCCACAUCAAUAAAUAGCAGCUCUUGUUAUAAAUUUUGAUCUGAUAAAAACAUUACUUAAAAAAAUCAAACCUUUCAUUGGGAAAGAAAAAAUGAUAACAAAACCCACAUCUAGUUUCAA